GCGGGGCCGAGGCGGGGCGGGCCGGGGCCAUGGCCGAGGGCAGGAGCGGCAGCGCCGGGCUCUUCGCCAGGCAGGUCCAGAAGCACUUCAGCCGCGCCCAGGAGAAGGUUCUGCAAAAAUUGGGCAAAACGGUGGAAACCAAAGACGAGCAGUUCGAGCAGAGCGCCUACAACUUCCAGCUGCAGCAGAACGAGGGCCACAAACUCUACAAGGACCUCAAGGGGUUCGUGGGAGCCGUGAGAGUGAUGCACGAGAGCUCCCGCAGAGUGGCCGAGACGCUGCAGGAGAUUUACAGCGCUGAAUGGGACGGGCACGAGGAGCUCCGCGCCAUCGCAGACAGCAAUGACCUCCUGUGGGAUGACUACGAGGCGAAGUUGGCCGACCAAGCCCUGCGGCUCAUGGAGAAUUACCUGGCUCAGUUUGGGGAUUUUAAGGAGCGCAUCGCCAAGCGGGGCCGAAAGCUCGUGGACUACGACAGCGCCCGGCACCACCUGGAGGCUCUGCAGAGCGCCAAGAAAAAGGACGAGGCCAAAAUCGCCAAGGCCGAGGAGGAGUUCAAUAAAGCCCAGGCGGUGUUUGAGGACCUGAACAGGGACCUGCGGGAGGAGCUGCCAGUCCUGUAUGGCAGCCGCAUCGCCUGUUACAUCACCGUGUUUCAGAACAUCUCCAACCUCCGAGACGUCUUCUACAAGGAGAUGAGCAAGCUCAACCGGGACCUGUACGAGGUGAUGAGCAAACUGGAGAAGCAACACUCGAGCAAGGUGUUCAUCAUCAAAGGCAUCCCCAGCAACCGCCGCUCUCUGGUCAUCUCCGCGCCCGUGAGCCCCCCGGCCGUGUUCCCCUGCCCGGACAAGGCGCCCGUGGAGGACGCGGAGGUGACACCGGAGUCCCCCGGUGGGGACAGCGCCGAGCCGGGGGCUGUUUCCCCCGGGCCGCCCCCGGCUUCACCCGCCAGCGGCGCCUCCCUGGACACGGAGUCGGUGUCCAGCGAGGACACCCCGGAGCCUGGGCACGACAACGAGCGCCCGGCGCAGGCGACAUCAGCGACAGGGUCGGUGCACAGCGAGGAGCCCCCGGAGCCCAUCUCCAGCCCCGACUCUCUGUGCCCGGCUCAGGAGCCACCGGGGGGUGCCAGCGGGGCGCGGGGGGGACCCGAGGGCAUCGCCGCCUCCCUGGCAUCGCUGAUUUUAUCCGAGGCCAUUGCCCAGGCCGCUGGCACCUUGUCACCAGAGCGGGGGAAAGCCGCUGGCACCGGGGACAGCGCGGUGUCCCCCGCCGCAGUUGGCCCCUGCCGUGCCCUCGGCCCCGCGGUGGCACCGGCGUGUCCCCGGGAGCCGUGCCAGCUCGGCGGUGACACCGAGGACAGCGCGGAGGCGGCGGAUGUGGAGCCAGAGGUGCGCAAAGCUCAGGGCUGUUCCGGGACACCGGAGCAGGACACGAGCCAGGACCCCUCAGGUGCUGCAGACCCCUCCCAGGAUCCCCCCGAGUGCCUCAGCACCCUGUGAUCCCACGGGAAAUUCGGCAUCUUCCCCAAAUUUAUUCCCCGGAAAGUAUUUCCCAGCCCCCAUCCCGUCCGAAAUAAAGAUGGAAAAGGUGGCAAAA